AUGCUAAUGGAACAAGUGGCUAAAACCUUCGGUCUCCCAACCGCAACCGCAGACGAGGUGGUGUUCUUCCAGUCCUCCACUGGGCGCAAUAUCGGAGCCGGUCUUUUCAUCUACAUAAUGACUUACCUACGAGAGCACCGGCUGUUGGGAAUUUUCUUCCUGUGUUGGUCGACGGCCGGCAUGGCGGACACCAAGCUCCUGAUGGAGCACCCACGCGGAGAGCUAGUUGGGAUGCAUAUUCGCAACACCUGCGCGUUGUUGGUUUUGGGUCCUCUGUUGAUCCAAAGUGCAAGCCAAUAG